AUGGAAACUUCGCAGGAAGUUCAAGUUCGUUUCGUAACUAAACAACCUGAAUUUGCUGUUACUGAUACUCCAAUACUUGUACCCGCCAAGUUAAAAAGAUAUGGAUUAUCUGAAAUUAUAAAUCAUCUUUUAGGCUUCGAGAAGCCCGUACCAUUUGAUUUUAUGAUAGAUAAUUUAUUUUUAAGAACAAGUUUAUUAGAAUAUUUAGAAAAUUCUGGAUUAUCAACUGAAAAUAUUAUUACCGUCGAAUAUGUCGAAUCUAUGUUACCACCUACUCCUUUAUCUUCCUAUCAACAUGAUGAUUGGAUAAGUUCUGUUAAAAGUUAUAAUCAAAGAUAUUUUUUGACAGGUUCUUAUGAUAAUUAUGCAAGAAUAUGGAAUGCUUCAGGAGAAUGUUUGCAAACUUUCAUGGGUCAUAAUGCUCCUAUAAAAAAUGAUGAUGAAUUAUCGUUUUUAUCAGCUUCACAAGACAGAACUAUUAGAGCAUGGAAGUCAUCAUUCGAACAUAAUAAAUAUAUAUCGUUAUAUGAAUGUGUUGGGCAUAAAGAUAGUGUUGAAAGUGUUUCUGUCAGUCCUUCUGGUUCCGAGUUUGCAAGUGGAUCUUGGGAUUCUUCUAUUAUGCUUUGGACAAUGGAAAUACCUGAAGAUAGUGAUGAUGACGAACAUAUUAAGAUUCAAUCUUCUUCAAAAAGAAGAAAAGUUAAUAAAAAAGAAAAAAUACGCACAAAGUAUCCAAUCGCUACAAUGAAUGGACACGUUGGAGCAGUUUCUUCAGUUACAUUUGAUCAUAAGGACAAUAAUAAAUUAUAUAGUGGAGGAUGGGAUCAUACUAUUAGAAUUUGGGACGUUGAAGCUAGAACUAAUAUAGAUACCAAGAAUUGUGAUAAAGUAGUUUAUGGAAUUUCAUAUUCAAAAAAAUCAGGAUUGAUAGCUUCAGGACAUUCAGAUCGAGUAAUUAGGAUAUGGGACCCGAGAGCAACAGAUACAGCUAUUGUAAAAUUAACAUUAUCAUCACACAAAAAUUGGGUAACCAGUAUAUCAUGGUCAACAACAAAUUCAUUUAUGCUGGCUAGUGGAUCAUACGAUGGUACAAUAAAAAUUUGGGACAUUAGAAGCAAGACGCCACUAUAUACUCUCUCUAAACAACAAAGUGAUGAUAAAGGAAAGGAGAAAGAGAAUAUUAAAAUUAAAAAAGUCUUUAGUGUUGAUUGGGAUAAUGAUGUUAUUUUGAGUGGUGGUGAAGAUAAUCAGUUGCAUAUUUAUGGUACUAAAAAGAUUGUCACAUCAAGGUUAUUUAUUUCUGAUAUUACUAAUAUUCAAGGAUACGGUAUUCAAGGGUACGAUAAAGCACAAAGAUUUCCUUUAUUGUGGACGAUAUUGGUUGGAAUCAUGACAAGCAACUUGAAGUAUCGGGCUAUUAUUUUAGGUCUUGGUGGUGUCUCUUGGUGGGAUUAUCCUCUUGAGACUGUGUAUUCCUAUGUGCCCAAUUUCUCUGAAGCGCGAGAAACGAGAUACAAGAAAUGGAAAAGUCGAACGAUAUUGGGGAGCGUCAGAAACCUUGAGGAUUUGUUCAGAGCAACGGGAUUUACAUGUUAUAAAGGGCUCGUUGUUCCUUCUGAGGAAACUUACAUUCUUCAUAUUCACGCAUCAUAUAAUAAUACUUUAGUAACAUUAACAAACUCUCGUGGUGAUAUUUUAUUAACUAAAUCAGGUGGUAGUGUCGGUUUUAAGAAAGCUCAACGAGGGGGUUAUGAAGCUGCUCAUCAAACUGCUGCUGGAGUCAUUCAGAAAAUCAAAGAAAAAGGGUUAAAUGUCAAGAAUGUAGAAAUUUGUAUAAAAGGAUUUGGUCCAGGUAGAGAUGCUGCCUUUAAAGCUUUGGCUAAUGUAGAGAAUCAAUGGAAUGUUAAACGAAUUACCGAUACUACUCCAUUGCCUUUCAAUGGAUGUAGGCCAAGAAAAGCUAGAAGGUUAUAA